ACUUUUUCCGAGACCCUAUUUAAGGUUUCAUGCUGCAGCAUAAUAAUUGGCAGCUGGCUCUGGCUGCAGACAGAUUUUUUCCACACACUUUCUUUACCAUUCCAGGAACCUUUUGUUUUAACUUGUAUCCACUUCGCUUUUUUGUUAGUAGGGGAAAGGAAGAAAGGGAGGUGGUUGUUUGGUGGAGAGGGAGGAAAAAUGACAGAUAUAUAUYAUGCCAUGUGUCCUUUGUGAGGCUUCGCAUCRUCAUUCACGCACGAGGCGGACCUCGUAUCCCAGACUGRACUGGUGCACCUGUGACUGGUUAGGCAGAGKCCAUAAUUCUCAGAUUCRAUGCCUUAAAAACUCAUGUWGAUGCCAUCGUCUUUGUAUACUACAGUGUGACUUCAGUUUGGGCAGCUGCCUUCUGUCAAUCUGGGACCACAGUCAUCUGAAGAAGCAGAAGCUUUCCCACCCCUUUCCCUCGCUCUCUCUUUCUCUCACUCUCUUUAUCUCCCCCUCCCUCUCCCUUUCUCCCUCGUUCUCCUCCCUCUCUCCAGAGACAUCUGGCUUUUGAGCAACCACAGUCUUCUUACCUGCUGACCUUCCAUCCCACACGCAGAGGGAGAGAGAGAGAGAGGAGAGAAAGGUAAGAGGAAUGGACUCUUGUCAUUUCCUGAAGGGUUCCUGCUCGGUUGUCCCUAGUACAGUUAUGUUUCCCCUCCGUGUCCCCAUCUUUGCCGUGCUGGUCAGCCUGACCGUGGGUCAGUACGAUGACUACGACUACCAGCCGGCUUCCCAGCACGGCCCGUCCAGCGCCAACUGUGCCCAGGAAUGCGAGUGCCCCAUCAACUUCCCCACUGCCAUGUACUGUGACUCCCGCAACCUUAAGUUUGUGCCCAUUGUGCCUUCAGGCAUCAAGUACCUGUACCUGCAGAACAACCUGAUCGAGGAGAUCAAGGCUGGGGUCUUCGACAACGUCACGGCUGAACUCCGUUGGCUGGUCUUGGACCAUAACCAGAUCACCAAUGACAAGGUCGCCAAGGGAACCAUCGACAAGCUGACCGGACUUCAUAAGAUCUUGUUCAGCUUCAACAAACUGACGGAAGCUGUGAUCCCUCCCUCCAWYUCCUUGGACGAGCUGAAGAUGAUGAACAACCAGCUGUCCAAGUUCCCCGCAGGGAGUCUGGCCGGCAUGCAGAACCUGACCUCGGUCCACCUCSAGAACAACGAGCUGACKUCUAAAGCUCUUAACGGGGUCUUCAAGGGCCUCAACAAGCUGGUGGCCAUAGACUUGACCAACAACAAGCUGAAGAAGCUMCCCUCAGGCAUGRCCAGUUCGCUGGAGYRCUUCUAUGGCGAUCACAAUGACAUCAGCAGCAUCGCAGCUGGGGACCUCAAAGAGCUGCCCAAGCUGGCGUACCUGAGGUUGGCCUACAAUCAGAUGACGGAUGCAGGGAUUCCGGCGGGCGUGUUCAAUGUGACGAGCCUGAUCGAGCUGGAUCUGUCCUACAACAAGCUGCAGUCCAUCCCUGAGAUCAACGAACAGCUGGAGCAUCUCUAUCUGCAGGUCAACGAAAUCAACAAGUUCAACCUGGAGAAUAUUUGCAAGUUCUCUGGCCCUCUGAACUACUCCAGACUGAAGCACCUGCGUCUGGAUGGGAACAACAUCACACAUGCCGACCUACCCCAUGACUCCUCCAACUGCCUGCGCCAGGCCUCCGACAUCAUCUUCGACUAAGGACCCUCCCCUCAUCCGCAAGUCUCCCUCUGUGACCCUCCCCCGGCACCACGACCCACCCUAAACUAAUCUUUCAAACCCCAAGAGGCACAAUGUGGUUAUAUUCCAAUUUCUACAAUAGCAUACUACUCAGAGUAUAUGCCCAAUAUGUUUCUUUAUUCUAAGUGGAAUGCUAGUGUGGAUAAUGAACCCGAAGCGACAGUGUUUGCAUCAACCCUAAAUACGUAUCCUUCCCCCUACCGGCGAAAUCGAGGUCACCUCUGUCAACUCAUCGGUAGUCCUUUCUGUAAACACAGACUAUGAAAUAACAAACCAACAAAGGUUAGAAACCCCGGAGAGACCUUUUAUUUUGCAGUGCAUCAUGGUAUUCUCAUGACAACCAUAGGGUAUUUUGUCCGUAGCAAAUGGCUGGCCCUGUACCAAUAGUUUUACUCAAAUUUGCGGCAAAUCAAACAAUCGGCCACAAUAUAAUGUAAUGGUGCCUCGUAAAAAGCACUUGCACUGUACUUGUCUGUACUUGUUUCAAACAACAGGUGCCUUUUAUUGUGCAAAAGAGACAAUAUAGGAACAUAGUGAUUCCUGAAUGAAGUGCUUUUAAUGAAAAAGCAGCUCACACACUUCAAACAUUCCAAAAGUAGUACUUGUUUUCAGACAAGUACAUUGAGGAAUAUGGGAAUAAAUCUCACUUGCAAAUAAAUGCAUUGCCCAUUCCUCUAUUGUAUGUUUGUCAUMAUGUUUUUGAAAGGUUUCUUGUAUUUAGUCAGUACACUCCCAGAAUCAUAUUGCUGUGCAAAAGARCUGCAGGUAAGGAAUAAAAGUAUCUAAGAGAGCUGUGUUGUGUACUCUGGUGUAARGUCUACUGGGGAAAUAUUGAACAGUGGAACUCUUUUGGAACCAAAUUAAAACUCAUAUGUCAUGCCAAAAGCUGUGGCAUAUUACCCAUCUUUCUGUAUGAAUGUUGGGGGGAAAGUUAUUAAUAAUCCUUAUCGACAAGAUUAAAAGGCUUGACACUGAAUAGCUCUGCUGAAGUAAUUUACUGUUUUUUUAAUGAGUUAUUAUGCAGUUAAAUAAGAGUCAAUCGCCCAUUCAUUGCAGAUCACCGUUGUUAUGCUGACAUUUAUAGAACAUUUGCAUUGCUUGCAUGCAUCUCAUGGUAACUCUGUAUGAUAAUAAAAGCUAGCAUUUUAACUUUUUGUCCAUUCAUGGUUACCUUGUUUGCCAUGUUUGAUGUGUGCUUUUGCCCGCAUAGCUUUAUCAGAAUAACAACAAUUUGUUGUGACGCUAACUUUAUCUUGCUCUGUUGUGGCAACGUUGGUGGAAUGUCAUGUGCUAUUUGAGCAGAGUAUAUCCAGAUUUAUUUUCAUUAUGGCUUUUGACUCAGUAAUCGCUGGUGAAUUUACUGUGAGAACAUAACAUACAUUUGAAUAAACUACAUUUCCAAUA